CAUGCAUGGCGGAAAGCUAUCACUUUAUUGGUCAAACUUUCUCCAACCCAAUUAAGGAUUGUUAAUUGGCAACCUCGGUCAUGUGACUAUGUUAGGCUUCUUUUUAUUGGGGUAGGUCAAGUCUAUGGAUUAUGUUCUGAUAAAGCAGCCAUUUUUUAAAUAAAGGACACCCACUCUAUAUAAUGAGAAUAAAAAAUAUUUGAAUUUGAAGUAAAAGACAACUCCUUGUUAUCCUUGCAAAUAUGAUUGUUUGUAAUCAGAAUAUCUUAAUUGAUGUUUUCUCCAGUAACAGACUCUAUCAACAGCGACUAUUCACUGCAAAAUAAACUAUUCGUUUCUGUUAAGACAUUACAUUAUUAGAGAGAAUACUGAGUGUAAUGCUCACGACACAUUUUGCCUUCCACAACAUAUUAUAUAUUACAAAUGCCACAAAUGUUGCAGCAACAUUGUUGCCAAAGCAAAUAUAGUGUUGCUACCACCAAAUAAAGCGCUCAACAGCAGAGAACUUCUAACGAUUGCCAUUCUUCCAAGUUCACUGGCUUAACAGUGACGAACGACGCAUCCCAAUGAGUCGGAACAGAAAUGUUGCAUAUCAAAAUACACACACACAUAUAUACAAACGACUAUAAUCAGCCGUUUGGCGUGCGCAUCGCCUGCCGCAGUACGACGAAGUUAAUGCUGGUCAUGUGCCAUUGUGAGCGGAAAAUUAAGUGAAAAACAGUGAUGAAAAUCGAGAAAAACGAGUCAACAAAACACGAAGUAAACAUUUGCACACAACGCACUCGUCGUCGUAGUCGUGACGACGCACACGCACACACACACAUACAGAAGCACGCACAAAGCAAACGUCAGCAUACAGGCGCACGUCGUCGUCGUCGGCAGCGCAGCCGAGUUCUCGUGUGUCUUCCUUCGUAUUAACAUACCCUGCUGUCGCUGUUAACUCGCUGUUGCUGUGCAUUCGGGCGUCGCUGCUGCUGUUGCUUUCGUUUUCGUACGCAUUCCGCUUGGCAAGCGCGGCGCUGCCUGCGUCGCCGUCGCGCAGCUGUUGUGUCGUGUCGUGUGGGCGCUCCGUCGCCGAAUGUAAAUAUGUUGUUGAUAUCACAAAAAGUAUCUGCUGGGAGAUUCGUGCAUCUCAGUUCAAAUUCGUGGCUCGUCUCCGUUACAACGUGCGUAUGCGACACGGCGAUACGGUAAAGAAUUUUCAAUAACGCAUUGCUUACCGGAACAUUUACGGUGUAGCGCUACUAUUAGCGUUAGUGCGAUUUGUGAGCGCGGUGCGGUAAGGCAAUUGUAGUCUAAUAAAAAAUCGAAGGUCUAAUAAGAAAAAUAUUUAUAUUUUAUGGACCUUUGCAACUAACGGUAAUUGUGUUGACACAAACAGUUAUUAGUGUAUGUAGCAGCCUGCGCCUUCACCUCCAACGGAAGCUGUGCUUCGUGCUCUAUAACAAUAUUUUUCGUGACUUCAAAAUUUGACAACUCAAACCAUACAAGCAUACAAACGGGCGCGCGCGCGGGUGUCGCUGUGUGUGCGCGUGUGAAAGUGAAAAUGUUUAUUGUGUGAUUUUCGGUGCAAAGGCGAAGAAGUAGACGUAAUAAAAGCAACAACAUUCAAAUUGAAAGUUUCCACGCUAAAUAGGCGAAAUUCCUGCUCAGUGCUAGGCAGGUCACAGGCACAGCAGCUGCCGCCAACGAGAAAGUUCAGUGCGUGAGUGCGUGUGUGUCUGAGCUUCUAGCCAACUUCUCGUUGCUCAGAUGUGUUUGCUAACGGUGAAGGCGCUGUGUCGCCGCGAUAUGGACGCGUCUAAAUGCGUAUGCCAGCGCCAAUUUGAAAAGCGAAGCGGAGCGAAGUGUGUGUGUGUGUGAGAUACUCGUUUGCGUAAAAAUAAACACGCGCGCCAAAGUAGAGUGGAGUGGUGAGGAGAAGAGAGCGCAUUGAUGCUGCUGUAAGAAAAAAAAUUGGGGCACAAAGUAAAUUAUGUAUGAAAAACAACAACAAAAACAAAUAAAUAAAUAAAAAAUAAAACUAAUUAUAAAUAGAAAUAAGUGAAGGAAGCUGUGGGCAGCAACAAAAAAACAACUUGUCAUUAAAGCUUACAACAACAAUAAUAACAACUACUAUAAAUAUGUACAUUAAGUUAAUGUGAAUCAAAAGCCAAAACCAAAAAUCAAAGUCAAAAAGUCUGUAUCGUUAAACAGUUUGCUAAUAGCCUGUUUAAUGCAUGAAAGGCAACAACAACAAUAAAUAUAUGUGUAUAUAUAUAUUUUUAGGCAAGUGUAUAGAAGCAACUAAAUAUAUGAAACAUACCUUACAGAUGCGUAUAAGUAACCAACGACACACGGACUAUCCCCAAAUAACCCACAAAAACAACAACAACUACAACAACAUAUGUGUAGCACAUAUAAACGGUUGGCAAAGUUAGUGCGCCUUACGGUCUCCUAAGUGUUUUGAGUGACUGCAAAUAAAUAAAUAAGUGUAGAUAAAGUGAAAAGAAACCCCAAAAGAAAAGAAACCAAAAAAAUAAAAAUAAAUAAAAAAGAAAGCGAGCCGAAAAAGCGGCUGAUAAGCAUUGUGGGGCUUGAAUAAAUACAAUUUGAGCGAAUUUUGGCUUAAAGCCCAUAUACACAUACAUAAUAACGGUACAUUUGUGUGUAUAUAUAGAGCCACACGACCCAUUUACCGUUAUUUAACAUAAAAAGUGCUUAACUGAAGUUCAACGGUAUUUACUUCUUCAAUUUCUUGUUGCAACAAAAUCAUUAAUAUUCGUUACAUACAAAAAAAAAAACAACAACAAAAACAAAAAAAUAUUUGUUGUAAAAAAUAAGUAAAUAGUAAGCGGUGCGCCGCCUUCCUGGCAUUUGUCAGCUUCAAUAAAAUUCGCAUUAAAAUUUGUGUGCAACAUUGCAACAAUAUCGUUGUUGUUGGUGCCGUAGAGUGUGGCUGACCGCGCGUGCCCGCCGCAUGCAACAAUUUCAAUUUAUCACAAUUUGUGUGCGAGUGAUUAGUGUAGUGGCCAACUGGCCGAUUGCGUUUGGUGGUCAGGCUGCUGAUCCACACUCGGCUCAGUGUGGCAGUCAGUCAAAGUGGUGCUCAACGAAAGUGAAACUAAUAACAAAUAAAUUAUGCUACAACAGUAACAACAACAACAAAAACAAGAGUACAGCUGAGUGCAUUUGAUUUUCGGUGAACCUUGGUGUGCGGCGCAUUUAACGGCUGAACAAGCGCAAGGAACGCCAGCAGGCAGGACCUUGGACCGCAGUGUGAGUGUGUGCGUGCCUACGGAAAUAUCGAGCGUAAAUGGCAAACUGAAAGGCGAAAAAAUUCCAAAAAAAAAAAAUCACACACAAAAAGGGCAAAGAACGAGUAAGGACUCGCAUGUUAAAACAAACAACAAGUAAAUAAUAAAAAACAGACAGCAACAAAAACAAUAAACAUUAAGAGCGUGUCGUUUAAGUGCUUGUAAACCAACAACAACAACACUCGAGUGUCCGCGUGCAUAUUUACCGCUGAUUAUAGCAUAGAAGAAGUGAGCUAGGAGAAAGGUGAAACGCCGCAGCAGCAACAAAAAAUUAAAUAAAUGCGCAGCAACAACAAUAGCAACAACAACAAGCGCUUACAAAUAUUUGGCACGAAAAUAAAAUGUUAUGGCAUUGCAGAGGUGCACGCAUACAGCAAAAGCUCAUUAAAAGCAAAUGUUGCUGCCAACAACAACAACUACAAUACUAGCAAAAACAACUGUAAAUGACAUUAGCUCUUCCUGCAAGUGUUGGUAGUGUCAGUAGUUACAGUUAUAGCGCAACUAUUUUACAAAAGCAAAAGCAAACAAAAACCAGGAAACAAGAAUUCACGAAACAUAAAAUUAAAGUGUUGCCAUUCGCAGCCAAAAACAACAAUAAUAAGCGUUUACUUGAUGCCAUCAUUGUCACUGCCCCAACGUCGUUUGGUCGUCGUUUGAGUCAGCAAUUACACACUAACAAACUACAAGUGAGCACUGCUGAACAACUCAACAAAAGCAAAAACAUAUAUAGGUGGCAACACUGUAAUUAUGUGUAAUGCCAAGUUUUUGCUGCCACAAACAGCAUGAAAAGUAUACAAUUACAAAAGGCAACAAUUCUAGACGCAUCAAAAACUAUUAGACAUACUUGCCAGCCUGGCAGAGACAUUGUUGACAAUUACAACAACAAUAAUACCAACAACAACAUAUCAAGUUGAAGUGCAAGCGUGUAAAUGUAGAAUUUUAUUUAAAAAGGAAGCAUUACAAAGUAUUAAGUGUCAAGUAGCAACUAGCAACUAACUAGUAAAACAACAAAAAUAAGAAAAAUAAAACUCCAAAGUUUCCAUUAAAACUUAUUCGGUUGGUUGCAUUCACAUAUAAAUGACGGAUUGCAGACACGUGCAACAAAAUGGCAACCCCGCAAUUUUCCCAAAAUAUUAUCAAUCAAAAAGUCCCAUUUGUAAAUGCUGCGGAGCAAAACCAAUUAGCAACAACAAAAACAACAUGUGUAACAACUACAACAAACACAAGCAAAUGUUGUCUGCCGGAGAGUCGUUGGGUGCGCAGAAAAUGUUAUUGCACUGCAUUGAAGAGCCAGCGCAACAACGACAAUGGCAACAACAACAACAGAGAAAACGACAGCAACAACAGCAGCAGUACUCGUCACUCGCUGCAUUGGCUCAACCUAGGCUGGAGCGAACAAUUCCUGCUGAUAUGCAUGCUACUCGCCAGCACAUGGGGUCCAACGGGCUGCGACGAGUCACAGGACUUUCAGAAAGCGAUACCUGCCAGAGUUGUUUGGGCCGCAGUUGGCAAAAGCGUCGAUUUGCUGUGCGAUUUAACGCCUCCAACGCCGCAGGACUCCGUCAAGCUGCUGUUGUGGUUCAAGGACUCCACCGGAAUACCACUUUACAGCUUGGAUUCACGCGGCGGAAAUAUCAAAUUAGCACCGCAUUCGGCCAUAGCUAGCGAUUUGGGUCAGCGUUUGUUCUUCUCCAUCGGCGAUAAUCUGAAGGACUCGCGCCUGCAGAUACGCGAUGUGAAGCCAACAGAUGGCGGCAUUUACCGUUGUAGAAUAGACUUUUUCAAUUCGCCAACACGCAACUUUAGAAUUAAUUUAACAUUAGUCGUUCCCCCAGAGGAGCCACGCAUUUUCGAUGCACAAGGCAAAGAGAUUGCCCAAAUGGCCGGACCAUUUCGUGAGGGCUAUGAACUUUUUUUAUGCUGUCAAGUUAAAGGAGGUCGUCCAGCGCCCAAGGUCACUUGGUGGCGCGACGACGUCGAACUCAAAGGUACCAGCCACACGUCCGUGGAGGAGGGUGCCACCGUUAUGGUGAAUCAACUGUUGAUUGGCACCACGACACGCGACUACUUUGGCGCGAAAAUCGAGUGUCGUGCGCAGGGCACCAAACUGAUAGCGCCGGUGGUGAAGGAUGUAACGGUGCAAGUGCAUUUGAAACCGGUGCGCGUGAAAAUCCUCACAGCCAACGACCUGCUGACGGCCGGUCAGCCUGUGCCUUUGCGCUGCGAUUCGUCGGGUUCAUAUCCGGCGGCGAAGAUUACAUGGCUGUUGGACGGCGAACCCAUACGGAAUGCGGAAGUGACUGUGCAUAGCGACAGAGAGGACUCGAACACCACAACCAGCAUACUCAAUUUAAAGGUAACAUCGGAGAAUGAUAAUGCCGAGCUGAUGUGUCGUGCGUCGAAUCCCUGGUUCUCCGGCAGCGCCAUCGAGGACAAGCGCAUCAUUCGUGUGGCAUAUCCACCAACAGUGUCAGUGCACUUAGCGAACGAGGAUCCCAGCCGCUUUGUUACCAAGGCUGAGGGUCAAAAUGUGACGUUCAAGUGUCGUGCGGAUGCGCGACCUCCAGUGAGCUCGUAUGCUUGGUUCAAGAAUGGCAUGCGUAUGUCCGGCGAGAGCACCGAGAUACUGCAUCUGACUCAAUUGGCGCGCGAAAGUGCUGGAGCUUACGCUUGCGGUGCGGCCAAUACGGAAGGAGAGACGCGUAGCUCCAGCCUGACGCUGAAAGUGCAAUACUCACCCAGAUGUCGUCCGGGCACUGAGCAAACAUCAAUCGGUGCGCUGAAUAUGCACUCGGUGCAGGUAAAAUGCGAAGUGGAUGCCGAUCCGCCGGACUCGGUGAAAUUCAGUUGGACCUACAACAACACGAGAAAUGUGUCGCCGGUGCUCAAUUCGAGAAUCACUUCGAAUGGUUUGGUCAGCACCGUUACGUAUCUGCCACAAACCGACUCCGAGCUGAUAACGCUCGCCUGCUGGGCGAGCAACUCGGUGGGACGCCAAACCGUCCCCUGCCUGGUGCAUAUACUGCCAGCAAAUCCACCAGAAGCCCCGAAAGCUUGUGAACUGCGCAACGACACUGUCUUGGAAGUGGUCUGUGUGGCUGGCAAUGACGGUGGUCUCACGCAAUAUUUCUUGCUCGAAGUAAUUGGCGGUGAUCCACUUUAUGCGAACGAUGCGGGACGCAGUUUCGCCGAUGCAAAUGUGGGCGACAAUGAGCUCUCCACCAUGAAUGAUCAGGCGACGUCAGCACCGGUACUUCGCAUGCAGGAGCCGCAACCGCAAUUUCGUCUCAACAGCUUGGAACCGGGCCGAGAAUAUCAAUUCCUCGUGUAUGCCGUUAAUGCGAAGGGGCGCAGCGAGCCGCCGGUCGUAAUCGAGCGUGUACGAGUGGCGGCACAAUUGGGACCUUACGACGAGUCCAUACUCUCCGAGGAUCCCACACCGGCGGAAACGACACACCAUUCAAGUGGCGGCCUCAGUGCCAGCGCCAGCGGCAGCGGCGUGGCAGCGGGUGCGGGCGCCAGCCUCAAUGCACACGGACAUGAGAAACAACAGUCGACGCUACUCAUACUGGCCGCCGUCGUGGCGAUAGGUGCCGUCAUUGUAACGUCAAUUAUCGUCGCGGGUAUUGUGGUCGUCUGUCGGCAUCGACCGCGACCACCUGAACCGCAGGAUGUGCGCAAAAGUAUGCGACCCGCCCGCAGUGAUGUGCCGUCCAUGUACAUCGAGGAGGACGCGCUGAACGACGAAGAGGCGCUGGCCGGUACACGUUCCGCUGACAUACGUGCCGCACGUGUGCUGCCCUCAACGUUGGGGCCGCGCUGCAGCGCCAGCACCACCAGUAGUCAACAUCACUACAUCUCCGAGGGUUUCAUACAGUACGCACAGCCCAGCCUCAAUGUCUACAUUACAGACCCCGACUUGAUUUUGCCACGCGGCGAAAUGGAAUUCACGACGAUGGACCCGAUGCUGAAAUAAGCAAUACGCCACCGAUCGUGUACAUGUAUAAUAAGGCAGAACAGUUAAAAACUCAACAACAACAAAUUGAAACAAUGCAUUUGAAGGAAUUUCAGUUUGGUACGUUCUAAGAUUGCAGCUCGAAUUUUUUUAUAAAACAAAUUUAGCAUAAAAUUAUACUAGUUGAAAUACAUUUAAGUUUUAGGCCAAUUAAGUGAGUACAUACUGUAGCUAGCAUAAGUUGAGAGUAUUAUAAAUGAAAGUAAAUAUAAAAUAUAAUAAAUUAAAAUUAAAAAUAGAUUCUAUGAAAUUUGUAAAUAUUUAGCAUUUAAGUAUACAGAACUAGAACAAAAGUAAUGGUAGAAAUCAUUAUCACUCAAACAUUGCAUUCGAAAUUAAAAAAUCCAAAAGUUUGACAAAUGGAGUUAAAUAUAGAAAGCAAAAUAUGCCAUAAAUAUCUUAAUAAAAGUUCUUUUUUGUUAAUCCACCAAGGAUUAUUCUACUAGGGUAGACUGGUUUAAAUUGUUUUAACGAUAUUGAUUUUCGGAUUAAGAUUGCUAAUGAUUUUAAGAAACAAUAAAUAAUUUAUGCCAUACACACAUUCUGCAAAUAUAUUUAUAUUUCUUUUUCUCAUAAUAAUGGCAACAGAGUGCGGCAUGAUGAUUAUCGAAGCUAUAAUAGAAAUAUAGGGCUUUCAAUAUUUAUAUUUGCUAUUGAGAUUUUCUGGUGAAAAUGAAAUGAAAAUUUUUCAAGCAGUUUGAGAAAUGCCUAAAGACAUGCUUAGGUUUUAGUAAAAACCUAUAUAAGAAAUAUUUAUAUACACAGUUCAAACUUUUAUUAUGAACGUUAUGAAAACUACUUUUUCCAGGGCAUUAAAAAAUCGAAAUAGAAGCUGAAGGAACACUUUUCGUGCCAUACUUAAAUUAUUUCUAUUCAUGGUUGAAAAUCUUUAAGCUGGGCAAGCUCAUCCAUAUUUGAAAUCAGGAAACUGUGACAUCGUAUUAUAUUAUCUGUGUGUUUCUGAAUAAGAAACCAAUAUUUUACCAACCAUUUUACUGCAAUUAAAUUAAUAAGGAUUUGCUAUGGACUUCUUACACAUGGCAUUUUUCAAAAUCUGGAUCUGGUCUCAGAUUUGCUACUAGGCAUUGAAUUUCCUAUCGAUAAUAUUCUAUUGUUAUCUAUGAGUGUUUGCAACUAAAUUAAUUUAAUUUUUGAAUCUCAACGGAAUUGUAUUUCCUAUAAUAGUAACUGAUUUGUAAUACAGCGAUUCAUUAGUAAUACUAUGCUCUCUUGUACCAAAUCGUUUACAAGUUCUUUGGACGUAAUUCGAUUUUUUUCGUGUUUUACCCAAGAAGAAAAUGAUUAAAACAACAAAAAAAUAUCAUAAAAUAUUAUUUACGAACAUUUCGAUUUCUUCGUUUAUUUAGUUGCUAUUUGAGAUUCAGUCAUAUAGGUUAAACCUCCUCAAAUGUCAUAGGCUUACAAUGGAUGAUUUCUCGAAAUAUAAUCUAAACAACUAUGAAGUAGAUAACAAGAGCUGAAAAGUUUGAAAUUUUUUAUAAAUAUCUUAUUAGUAUCUUAUUUUUAAGUAUUUGCGAUUAUUAUCAAGUAUUAGGUAAGUUUUAUACAUAAGUUCCAACUAAUUAAGAUUUACUCUAUAAUUUUUAUAUUAGAUCUGUGCCAUAAUCUAAUCUAAUUUUACAUACUUUAAUUAGUCAUAUUUAAUCCAACUAUUUAACCCAAAGCCAACUCAGACCCUGUCACAUGCAAAAUUCGACCGAAACCAAAACACGCCGCACUCAGUUUGUAUGAAAAAUUGCCAAGUAUAAAUGAUUUUAAGCGAAUAACUGCAGUUCCCACACCCAAACCAAGUACUUACAUGACUAUGCCAAAAAUGCAUUAAUUAAACGACUUGUAAAUUUACAACAACUAAACAUGAUUUAUAACAAACAUAAGUCAUUUAAGCAGUAGUGGCGCCUAAACUUACAACAACUACAACUACAACUAUAAAUAAUGGUAGUUGCCACAUGUAACUAUUUUAAAUAAAUAAAUAAAUAAAAUGUACAGAAAGCGUGUUUAGAAACAACAAAAAAAUCACAGCAACAAACAAACAUAUGUACAUAUAUAUAUUUCAUUGUAACCAAAAAAAAAAAAAAACUGGUUAAAGAUUUUUCGAAAAAUAAAAACUCUGUAAAAACAACAAAAAAUGUUAAACGUAAAUCAAACGAGUAAAUUCAAUGAUCAAAUAGACAAAGAGUGUAAUCAAAAUCAUUUGUAAAUUAUUUCAUUUUAUAGCAUUUAGACAAAUAUAGUUAUUUAGCAUAUAAGCAUACUUACAUACAUACAUACAUACAUAUGCAUAUACAUAUGUAUAAAUUAAGUUUGGACUAGUGUAGCUGAUGCAAAUCAAAAAAGAAUUUAAUUUAAGUUUAACAAGGUAAAUGAGUAUGUGUAGCAGAGAGUAAAGUAAAAAAUAAGAAGAAAAAUAUAAAAUAAAUAAGAAAUUUAAAUAAAACUUAAACAAAAUAACUCUAAAAUGGCAUGUAAAAUAGUAAAAUUAGAAGAAAAAAAUAAAAUUACAA